AUGAGUUUAAACAAGAAAGAAUUAGAAUAUAAUCAACAUCAUUAUGCAAUUCUUGCAUAUAAACAUUACAGGGCUGCAGCAAGAGAACUCAAAGCCAUAGCUGAUGAAAAGAAAAGUGUUGAAUUGGAAAUAUGUAUGGCACGUUCUCUAUACCAAGCCGGAGAUUGUUGCAGAUUAGAAGCUCAAAUUUACGCCAUCAUUGGUAUUUUUUUGUUAGUAACAAGCGAUAAAACUUGUUUCACUCAAGAAAAAUUCGAGAAAAUAGAAAAUCUUCGACAAGAAAUCUGUUGUAUACGAACUGUAUUGUCUGCAGCUUCGCUCAAUAUUUCAGCAAAUAAAUCCAUGUUACAUCAAGCUGUGAUGGAUUAUAGAAAAGGUUCUAUUACAGUACAACAAUUUCAAAAUGCUCUUUUAUCAGAAUUACGAUUUAUUAUAUUCAAUGAAUAUUCACAUUCAGACAUAUCAGAAAUAGAAGCAAGCACCAGAGUGACUAAUAUUUCUAGCAGUUUUGGCAUUGGUAUUUCGUAUCUAGUUGGCGACGUUUUAUUGAAGCAUGAAUUUCAUCACGAAAAUCAAACGAAUACAGAAAAGUCAAAAAUUCGAGAACGUAUAAACAAAAUUAUGAAAGAUGCAUUAGAUCAUUACAUUAAAGGACAAUACGUGGCCUUUCUUCAUUCCUUAACAGUUUUCUAUGCCGAAACGAAAAUAUUAAUUGGAAUUAAAGAGUAUCGAUCGGAUGAUAAUCAUAAGAUUUCGCUUGACAUUCAACCGAGGCAAAUUAUUAAAGAACUUUUAUACUAUGAAUUUUCAUCUGAAGGUAUUGCCAAUUUUUUAGUAUUGAUUGGUGAAGUGUUACUAAGUGCACCUCAAUUAAAACCUAAAAAUAAUUUAACAACCAAUAUAUGCUUAGAAUUACCAAAAUAUUCUGAUUUUAUACAUUUUGCAACAUUAGUAUUUGAUGAAAUCUUGAAAAAUACACAAUUGAUAGAAGCAGCAAACAAUUUUGACAGUAAAAUUACAUCGACAACCUUAUGUGUAAAACCAGAUCAAUGUGGACAAGUUGAGAAAAGCUUAUUGAACAAUGCUUUUUCCGUAUCCAACACAUACACAGUAGAGAAAUCAAUAAUUUCUGCUGUUGUUCGUCUGAAAGAAGUGAAAUUAGUUGCCAAAAUUAAUUAUGCCAUUGCAAAAUUAAUAUCUGGAGGCAUCGAAAAUCUACAAGAGAGUGCUAAUAUGAUAAAAGGUAUCAAAGAAGAAUUAGCAAAAGACCUAAUAGAAGAAAAAAUGUAUGUUAUAUCCGGAAUUCGUCUUCAAGCAUUAAUAGACAUUUUGGCUGCAUUCGGCUUCAAUAAUGACACAUUGUCGAUUAAUAAUGAAGUCAUUUUUUUUAAGCAGAUAAUUCCUCAACUUGAAUCUAAUAAUUAUAUAAAAAUCAUCGACAAAGUUUUAACUGACGAUGGGAAAGUUUCACAUUGUGAACCAGCCAUAUUAUUUGAUGAUGAUAAUGAUGACAUCGACGAAUUCGCACUUUUGGAUCAAGUUUUAGAUGGAAUGUUACGAUUGGAUAAAACAAAAUUCGUUAGAGAUGUCCGUAAUAACUAUUAUAAAAAUGUUGAACCACUGAAAUCUUUCAUAACAGAAAUAAUAAGACGAGAACAUCUUGCUGACAUCAAAGCAUGGAAAACAUCGUUCUUGAAAGAAAAAUAUUCAUUAACUUUUCAAUAUUUACCAAUUUUAUCUGUAAUGUAUAAUUUAAUAUUUAUAGCGUGCAUUAUCGAAUUUCACCGUGAACAUAAACUUAUAUUUGUUCCUGAUAAGAAAGUAUUAGAUUUUUCUAAUGGAGCGGCAAAAACUUCUAUUUAUGUUCUAACAGAUACAAAGAGCGAUCGAAACAAUAUCAGAACAAUAAAUGGUAUAUUUGUGGCUUCGAAAGUUUCGUUGAAUUAUAUUUACAAUCAGUUAGAACUUGCGAAUGAUCCAAAAAUCAAAGUUGAUUUACUAAAUCAAAUUGCGGAUUAUUAUCGACACGAAGCUGAAAAAAUUGAUAAAAAUCAUCAUUUAGAAUCAUUAAAAAUAUGGAUUCGAACACUGAAAUUUUAUAAUGAUGCAUUGGCAAUCAAUAGAAAUCAUCUACCGGCAAUGCUAGGCCAUGUUACUUGCCUAAUAAAGUUAAGUAAAUAUACACUAGCUGAGAAAUUCUUGAUAGAAAAUACUGAAAGAAAAGCAUAUUUUCGUGAUUCACCAGAAAGAUGGUUUCUACUAGGUGUUUUAAAACGUAAAUUACAAAAUUAUGAUGAAGCUAAAAAUGCCAUGGAAAAUGCACUCAAAUUAAAAACGAAUUAUAUUGAAGCAAAACAUGAAUUAGAUUUGAUAUUGAGAUUAAAAAAAGAAACAGUUGCAAAACGAAUGCAAAUUUACAAAAAUAUGACAUUAAUUCAUGCUGAACCCAGAUCUUCACAAUACAAUAUUCUUUCUAUAGAUGGUGGUGGUAUAAGAGGUUUAAUACCGGCCAUGUGGAUGAGUGAAUUGGAACGAAGAACAGGAAUGAAUAGCAGCUCAAUGUUUCACAUGAUGGCUGGAACAUCAACAGGAGCGAUCGUAGCUGCUAGUCUAUCAUUACCAACUAGAUUUGGUACCAGACAACCUCGUUAUAAAGCUGCAAAUAUUGUUGAAUUGUAUACAUGUCAUUCGGAGAAGGUCUUUACUCGUGCAUCAAAACUUCCAAGUCUUUUUGGAUUUUGGCCUAUAUAUCGUGCUGAAGAAAAAAAGGCGCUAUUUGAUGAAUAUUUUGGAAAUACUCGUUUAUCUCAAGCACUUACUGAACUUAUUAUAACAACUGUUAACUCGGGUAGUAGUACUACAGAAUUAUUUCGACGAAGUGAAAGUUUAAUUGAUCCUGGCAAAGAUUACACCUUUACUGAUAUGCUUAUGUGUACUACAGCAGCGCCUACCUAUUUCCCACCUUACAAUCUAAACAAUUCUAUUUUUGUUGAUGGUGGAGUUCAAGCAAAUAAUCCAACCAUGAUUGCAUAUUCAACAUGCCCAAAAAAUAUAGAUCGUAAUGAUAUUUUUGUUCUAUCUUUAGGUACUGGCGAUUAUGUACCCGAUCCAUUGAAUCCAAAUGCUGAGCGAAAUCUUUUAUUUUGGACAAUUAAUAACAGUAAUGUUUUAAAAGUUAUUUUCGAUGGACCACAAAAUAAUAUUGAUUAUCAAUUGAGUAAUAUGUUAGAUAGUGACAAAUAUCACCGAUGGCAAAUCUGGCUUGAAAAUCCUAUCAUACUUGAUGAUCUGGAUUAUAUUGAUGUUCUAUAUUCAUUGUUAGAUGUUGAUAAUCAAAAACUUGAUAUUAUAGUACAAGCUAAUACAUUUACUAAUACUCUCAAUUUUGUAUUAAAGACAUUAAACAAUGAUAUUUUCUCGCUUGAUAAUUCAAUAAUUGAUCGAUUUUGCACGAAUAUUUUGCCAAGAAUUCAUCAAAAUGUUAAAUCUCUUAUUCUUGAUUCACAAUCUAUGGAACGUAUUCUUCUUGCAGCUGAUUAUCCUAAUUUAACUGAGCUUAAGCUAUUUAAUUUUAACGAUAAAAUUCUUUCACAUUAUUUUACAGUUGAAACACCAUUACGACAUAUUUUUCAACAACAAAUUACAGAUCUUAUUCUUGUAUUCGAAAAAGAUUUUAAUGAAAUAUCAAUAAAAAAUUAUACAACAGAUAUAUCAUUUCCUAAUUUUUUUCCACCUUUGAUACUUCAUAAUUUACCUUCAACAACAUUCUUCUCUUCAACUCUUAACAAAUUAUCUAUUCAUGUGAUGAGUUUUGAUGAUUGUCUUGCUUUACUUGAUGGUCGUUUUAAACAAUUAAUGACCUUAAUUGUUCUUAUUAAUAAUAUUAAAUAUCAUUCAUCAAAUGUUUAUAAUAUCGAUGAUCUACCUAAUUUGAAAUAUUUUUCUUUAAUAACAUAUUAUUGCUUAAGUGAUAUAUAUGAUACUGAAAUUUUACCUCUUUUUCGUCGUAUGUCAAAUCUUGAAGAAUUAACGUUGUAUAUAACUAUUAAAAAUCGGACGAGAAUAAUCGAUGGUAAUCAUAUUUCUAAUGAAAUUCUUAUACAUAUGCCACGACUUCAUACAUUUAACUUUUGUUUUACUAUCAAUAUUCAUACGGAUCAUUCAGUUUAUUAUGUAUCAAAAGAUGAUAUUCAACGUUUUUUUAUUAACUUAAAACAUCAACAAGUAAAUUGUAUUGUAAAUUACCAAUUUGGUAUUGCCACAUGUCAUGUCUUUUCAUUACCAUUUGUGUUUGAUUACCUUCAAUAUAUUGGUAAUACAUUUCCAACAUUUAUGGGUUAUUAA